AUGGCAGAUAACAACCCCGAUGGUGGUGUAUCUGUAGAUACACUUAUCCUUGACGAUAAACUUGCCAGAAUAAGAACCCAAAUCAACUCAAAAUUGGACAAUCAGAAGCAUUUAGCCAUUAUUUUGUCAGCCGUUGAUGAAAAUAUUGAAGAACAAAAAAACGAAAAGACUCCUGUUGCAUACUUUGUCUCCUUCUUGAGUUUAUUAGACCAAUGUAUUCAAGAUGAUCAAAUUGUUGAUACCAGUUUAGCCACCACUACUGCUUAUUUCUUGGAUCUUGUAUUCCCAUUCACCCCAAAGGCAUUAUUGAAAGCCAAGUUUAACCAGAUCUUAGCCAAGUUGGCACAACCUUUAACUCAUCCAGAUGCUGAGGCUCCUUUGGUCAGAUCAACAAUUGGUGCGUUGGAAAGUUUGUUAUUAGCACAAGACCAACCACAAUGGACUUCUAGCAGUGCUAUUUCUCCAAAGAGAGCAUUUUUAGGGUUGGUGGAAUUAUCAUUCGAUCACAGACCAAAAGUAAGAAGAAGAGCACAAGAAGCAGUCAACAAGAUUUUGUCUAACCCACCUGCAUCACCUUCUCCUAUCCACCCUGGUGCUUCAUUAGCUGCCGAUGUUUCUUUAAAGAAGUUGAGAGAAUUAUUGCAACAAUUCAGAAGCCAGAAAAAGAAGGACAACAAAGAGUUGAAUUCUACAAUCAUCCACUGUUUACAAUUAAUCACCUCUAUCACUUCAUCAAAUGCUUGGCCCUCAGCACAAAUUGAAUCCUUGUGUGAUGUGUUGUUGGAAAUCUCAAAGACUUCUGAUCAAUAUUUGGUUUCUUCAGCAUUUGGUGCAUUUGAAGGGUUGUUUAAAUCAAUGACUAGUAUAAUUGACGCGGAUAAGUUUGCUAAUGUGUUGAACAUAAUCUUUGAUUUGAAACCACCGGUAAAUGAUACCCAUUUAGCUGCCUCUUGGUUAGCUGUCAUUGCCAAGGCGUUAGAGAGCUUUGCAUCUGUAGCUCCUCAAGUUUGUAUCGAAAAAUUACCAACCAUUCUUCCAACCGUGGCUAGUUUCUUGGGAGCAGACUCCAAAGACACUUACACUUCUGCUUCUCAAUGUUUGAUUGCUAUUGUUACCCAAACCAUUCCUGAUAACUUCUUGUUGCAACCUUCCCAAGAUAAUGGAAUCACUGGUGAAAUUUACGAAUUGGUGGACGAAACAGUUACUUUCAUUAGUGAACUCAUUGAAAAAGAAUUAUUCUCAAUCAAGUAUCAACAUGCCACUAAGGAAAUUCUUGAAUUUGUUAUCGGUGCCACUUUGAAAUUGAGAUCCAGAGCUAACCCUGACUUCCUUUCUAUCCUUGAAACUGUGGGUCAAUGGAGAACCAACGAAGCUGAGAACUUCCCUCACAAUAAAGAAGCCGAACAGUUGAUUGCAGCUUGUAUUUCAACCAUGGGUCCUCAAGUUGUAUUAAGUGUAUUACCUUUAAACCUUACCGGUGGAGACCAACCAGGAAGAGCAUGGUUAUUGCCUUUAUUAAGAGACAAUGUCAGAUUUGCUGAAUUAAACUUUUACAAGUCUGAAAUCUUGCCACUCGUGGAAUUCUUUGACAAUAAGAUCAAGCAAUCAACCAAUAAAGAAAGUGUCAACAAUAAGAUUUUUCAAACUAUUAUUGAUCAAAUUUGGUCUUUGUUACCACAUUUCUGUGACUUGCCUCGUGAUUUGACUACUGCAUUUGAUGACUCGUUUGCUGCUCAGCUUUCUGAUUUAAUGUAUGCUCAUGUCGACUUGAGAGUUCCAAUUUGUCACGCAUUGAGAUUAUUAGCUGAAUCUAACGUUGCCUACCAAGAAGGUGCCUUGAAUGAUGAUUUGUUGAUGCAACAAGAAUUCCCAAUCACUGAAGCUACCAACAACAUACAAUACUUAUCCUCAAAAUCUUCAAACAUCUUAUCAGUGUUGUUUAACGUUUUUUCUUCAACUUCUCCCGAUUCAAGAGGAUUUGUUUUGGAAACUAUUGAAGUCUAUUUACAAAUAGCACCAAAGGAUGAGUUGGCCACUACUUUCGAUAAAGUCUGUGGAUUGUUAAAGAAUGCUAUGGACGAAGAAGCUUCCAAGCCUGAACCAAAGGGAAACCAAACUCAAGCCAAGUUGAGUAUCACCAUGAUGGAUUUAAUUGUGUCUAUGGCUAAAUAUGUCCCGGUUUCUUCUCACAAUGCCUUGUUUGCAAUCUUCUCAUCCACUGUUGUCUUGAAGGAUAAUGCAUUAAUGCAAAAGAGAUCUUAUAGAAUUAUUUCCAAACUUGCUGAAACUGAUGCUGGUAAGGCAUCAAUUUUGAAUUUCAUUAGAGAUAUUGAAAAUGUUGUAAUUCAAACUACUGAACUUACCCACAACUCAGCCAGAUCAGCCAGAUUGACUGCUGUUUUAUUGAUCUUGGAAGUUUUGCCUCAAUCAGAUUUAUAUUUCGUUCCUGCCAUUUUACAAGAAAUCAUCAUGGCCACUAAAGAUGUCAAUGAAAGAUCAAGAGAGUUAUCCUAUCAAAUUCUCAUAAAGAUGGGUCACAAGAUGAAUGAAGGUGGUAUCAUUGAAAACUCCAAGGUUCCGGGUUUUGACGCCGAUGCUCCAAAUUCUCAAGCUUCCUUGACUGAAUAUUUCACCAUGGUUAGUGCUGGUCUUGCUGCUCAAGCACCUAGUAUGAUUUCUGCCACCAUCACUGCUAUUUCCUGUUUAAUCUUUGAAUUCAAGGAUGUUUUGCCUACCGAAGUUCUUUUGGAAAUUGCGUCUACUGUUGAAUUGUUCUUGACUCAUAACUCUCGUGAAAUUGCAAAGUCUGCCAUUGGAUUCGUUAAAGUUGAAGUCUUGUCCUUGCCUGAAGAGAUGGUGAAGGCAAAUUUGACUGAGCUUUUAGCUAAAUUGAUGAGAUGGUCUCAUGAACACAAGGGUCAUUUCAAAUCUAAAGUCAAGCACAUUUUGGAAAGAUUAAUUAGAAAGUUUGGUAUUGAAGAAGUCGAACAAGCUAUCCCUGAACAAGACCGUAAGUUGAUCGCCAAUAUCAAGAAAGCUAGAAACAGAUCUAAGCGUAAGCAAGAAGAAGCCGGCGAAGAAGCUGCCACUGCUACCACUUCCGCUAACCCUGAAAAGAAGUUCAUGUCUGCUUAUGAAGAAGCCUUGUAUGAUUCUGAUAUUUCUGAUGAAGAUGAAGUUGACAUUUAUGACGAAGAUUUGAAUAGAAGAAAGAAGGGUACAGGCAAGGGUAAGUCCAACCAAUUCAUCUUGGAAUCCGGUGAUGAACCAUUGAACUUACUUGAUCGUCAAGCAUUGGCCCACAUUUCUUCGUCUAAACCAAAGAAAUUUACUAAACAAGAUGUCUCUUCUAAAUCUUCUGAAUUCAAGACUAAAGACGGUAAGUUUGUGUUUAGAGAAGAUGCCCAAGAAGAAGAUCCAUUGGCUGGUAAGAGUUCUGGAAUUGAUGCUUACUUGGAUGCUGUUAAGCAAGCUCCAGUAAGAGGCCAAAGAAACAAGUUGAAAUUCAAAAAGACUAGAGACGACGAAGAAACUUGGUCUGAUGAUGAAGAGGAUGCAAGACCUGUUAAGAAUAAGGGGAAAGUCCAUGGUAAAUCCAAGGUUUCCAAGCCUAAGCAAAAGUUUAAGGCAAGAAAGAAGCUUUAG